GCCGCCCUAAGGACGCAAACAUGUCGGGGAUCGCCCUCAGCAGACUCGCCCAGGAGAGGAAAGCUUGGAGAAAAGACCACGCGUUUGGUUUAGUGGCCAUCCCAACAAAAAAUCCUGACGGAACGAUGAACCUCAUGAACUGGGAGUGCGCCAUUCCCGGAAAGACGGGGACUCCGUGGGAAGGAGGCUUGUUUAAACUACGGAUGCUGUUCAAAGACGAUUAACCAUCCUCACCUCCGAAAUGCAAGUUUGAACCACCGUUAUUUCAUCCGAACGUGUACCCCUCGGGCACAGUGUGCCUGUCCAUCCUGGAGGAGGACAAGGACUGGAGGCCGGCCAUCACGAUUAAGCAGAUCUUAUUAGGAAUACAGGAACUUCUAAAUGAACCAAAUAUCCAAGACCCAGCUCAAGCAGAGGCCUACACAAUCUACUGCCAGAACAGAGUGGAAUACGAGAAAAGGGUUCAAGCACAAGCCAAGAAGUUUGCUCCCUCAUAAGCAGCGACCUGUGGCAUCAUAAAAAGGAAGGGAUUGGUGUGGCAAGAACUUGUUUACGACAUUUUUGCAAAUCUAACGUUGCUCUCUACAAUUACUGGUCACCUGGGGAGGGUUGGGCAAGCGCCAUUUUCCAUUUCCGCCACUGGUACAGUCUCGGCUCGCCGAAUCGCCCAGUGUUUCAUACAGGGUCUCUUCCUUCAGUCUUUUGUAUUUUUGAUUGUUAUGUAAAACUUGCUUUUAUUUUAAUAUUGAUGUCAGUAUUUCAACUGCUGUAAAAUUAUAAACUUUUAUACUUCAGUGAGUCCCAAGGAGCUAGUUCCUUUGCUCGCGGAUGCAGGCAUGCUUCAUGCCGUCUAGAGCUGCACUUAGCCUUCAGCUGGCUGCACGAAACAGAAAAUCAGACCUGCCCCACCCUGCCGCCUCCUCUCCCAGAGCCCAGCUUGUGUUGC